AUGGCUACCAACGGCGUAACACCCUCAAAGAUUGGAGUUAUCUCCAUUGGUGACAUGGGCGUAGGCAUAGCCAAGCUCCUCAUCGCCAAAGGCUUCGAGGUCGCAACAAACGUCAAAGGCCGCAGCGAAGACACAAUCCAGCGCGCCCGUGACGCGGGCGUAGAACUAAUAGACUCAGACUUCGACCUAGCAUCCCAAUGCGCCGCAGUCCUCUCCGUCGUGCCCCCGCGCGACGCCGAGGCCACCGCAGACCGCAUCAUCGACGCCCUCCAAGGGACCACCCGCCCCGUCCCCCUCUACUUCAUAGACAUGAACGCCGUCGCGCCCUCGACCUGCAAGUCCAUGGCGGCGGCCUUCACCCGCUCCCGCGUCCCCGCAGUCUUCAUCGACGCAUGCAUCAUCGGCGCCCCGCCCCGCCUUCGCUCGGCUCCGAACGCGGGAACAAACGUCUCCUCCUCCUCGGCCCCGCCGACUGAAGACGGUGACGACUGGGUCGUCCCCGGGAUGCCCAUGUCCGGGCCCGACAAGCUCGUUGACUUCCCGGGCGGCGCAGAAGGUCUGGGUGCGAGGUUGAGCGCCGUGCUGGGCGGGAAGCACAUCUCGCCCGAGAUCGGCGCCGCGAGCGGGCUGAAGAUGUGCUUUGCAUCCAUGUCCAAGGGCUUCACCGCCAUCGCGACGCAGUCGUUCACCACAGCCUCACGUCUCGGCGUCCUGGACAACCUGCGCGAGGAGCUAUCCGCGCGGCUACCGACGCAUCUACAGUUUGCCGAGAAGGGCGUCACGACGAUGCCGCCCAAGGCUUACAGAUGGGUGAGGGAGAUGGAGGAGAUUAGCAAGACCCAUUCCGAGGAGGGCGGUUUCGGGCCCGAGAUGUUUCUGGGAGCUGCGGGGGUUUACAAGGCAGUGGAAGAUUCUCCGCUGGGGGCUGAGAAGAUUAAAAAGAGGAAGAGGGGCACAACGCUCGAGGAUGUUGCGGCCGCUGUGACGGAGGGAUUCGAGACGAAGAAGAAGAAGACAGACUGA